AUGAGCGCCAUUCCGAACCGCCGUGGAGGUGGUGAUAUCGCUCCCACCCCGCAGAACACACCGGCCAACAACGCGCCCAUCUCAUCACGCGCGCAGGCACCCAACAUCCCAGACAUCAGCGAAGAGGACUUCGAUCGCGCGGCCGCUGCCUCUCUCUUCGCCCAAAACCCGAAGCUCGUGUCAAUGAUGCAAAACAAGCUCCAGGGCCUAGUUGGCCGCUCCUCAGGCUACGUCGAGUCCCUCCCAGCACCCGUGCGAAAACGCGUCGCCGGCUUGAAGGGUGUCCAGAAAGAGCACUCCAAGCUCGAGGCCGAGUUCCAGGAGGAGGUUCUUGCACUCGAGAAGAAGUUUUUCGCCAAGUUCACCCCACUAUACGAGAAGCGUGCCAAGAUCGUUAACGGCCAGUCCGAGCCUAGUGAAGAGGACGUCAAGGCCGGCGAGGAGGAUGAGGAGGAGGAUGAGGAGACCGAAGAGGCCAAGGCCGAGGCAGAUAAGAAAGCUGAGGCAGACGGCACCACCAACCAGAAAGGUAUCCCAGAAUUCUGGCUCAGUGCGAUGAAGAACUCUGCGCUUGCCGAGACCAUCACAGACCGCGAUGAGGAGGCGCUCAAGCACCUCACCGAUGUUCGCAUGGAGUACCUCGACCGCCCAGGCUUCCGCCUAAUCUUUGAGUUCGCCGAGAACGAGUUCUUCAGUAACAAGACCAUGUCAAAGACCUACUUUUAUCAAGAAGAGAACGGCUAUGGUGGCGACUUCAUCUACGACCAUGCGGAAGGUGACAAGAUCGAGUGGAAGUCUGGCAAGGAUUUGACAGUCAAGGUUGAGAGUAAGAAGCAGAGGAAUAAGAACACCAAGCAGACCCGCAUUGUGAAGAAGACCAUCCCCACACCAUCAUUCUUCGACUUUUUCAACCCUGCCAAGCCACCGGGUGAUGAUGACGAGGACAUCGACGAGGAUCUCGAGGCCAAGCUGGAGCUCGACUACCAACUGGGCGAGGAUAUCAAGGAGAAGCUCAUCCCUCGCGCGAUUGACUGGUUCACUGGCGAGGCUCUACAGUACGAGCAGGGUAUGGAUGACUUCGAUGAGGAUGAGUUUGAGGACGAAGAUGACGAAGAUGAAGAUGAUGAGGAGAGGGAUGAGGACGACGAGGAAGAUGAGGAUGAUGAGGAGGAUGGCUCAAAGCCUAAGCAGGAGACUGCUGAGUGCAAGCAGAGCUAG